UUAAGAGGUCAGCAUGAAUGCAUGAAUGUGUUUAAAAAAAUAUCUUUUUCUUUUGAGUCCAAUUUAAAUUUAAAAAGCUUUUAGGGAUUUUAAAAACUAAAGUACAUACAAAUAAUAAUUUAAUUUUUGUUGUUGUUUAUAACCUGACUUGUUAUAAAUAACCGGACUUGUUAUAACUCAAAGGUUAACUACACUCCGAGUUCCUAGAGUCUAGAGCCUUCCUUUUUUCCUUUGGUUAGUGGCAUAGCGUGGAUGGAGUACUGAAUAUAAAUACGGACAAUGGACGGUAAAUUUGAAAUUAAAGAUUUUGGGGAUUAUGAACACAGAUAUGUGGACACUCAGCUCUCCCCAUCCAUAGAUCUUGAAGACUAUAAAAACGAACCCCAAGCAGCAAAAUACUCAGUAAUGGACGGUAAACUUGAAACUAAAGAAGAAUUUGAGGAACAGAAACACAGAUGUAUGGAGAAUCAACUAUCCACCUCAAUAGAACUUGAAGAUUGUAAAAACGAAGCUGAAGAAACAAAUAACUCAGUUAUGGAAGGUAAACUUGAAAUUAAAGAAGAAUUUGAGGAACAUGAACACAUAUGUAUGGAGAGUCAGCUAUGCAGCACAGGAGAUCUUGAUAACUGUAAAAAUGAACCGGAAGAAACAAAUUACUCAGUUGUGGAAGGUAAACUUGAAAUUAAAGAAGAAUUUGAGGAACAUGAACACAUAUGUAUGGAGAGUCAGCUAUCCAGCUCAGUAGAUCUUGAUGACUGUAAAAAUGAACCGGACGAAACAAAUUACUCAGGAUUUUCCCAAAACGAAGAUACAUUGGAAAUAAUGAAAUCAUUAUCUGGGCAUUUAUGUAGUAAAGAACAACUUAUGAGUCGACCUACUGAAAAAAAAAACAAUGAAGUGUGAAAUGUGUGUUAAGCGUUUUUCUUGCAAAGAUCAUUUGAACAAAUGUAUAAGAACGAAUACUGGUCAAACUUUAAAAUGCAAAGUUUGUUUUAAACAGUUUUCACACAUAAGUACUUUGAAAACUCAUUCAAGAACGCAUACGGGAGAAAAGCCUCACAAGUGUGAAAAUUGUUUUCAGCGGUUUUCACGAAUAACUCAUUUGAAAACUCAUUUGAGAACGCAUACGGGAAAAAAACUUCACAAGUGUGAAAUUUGUUUUAAACAGUUUUCUGAAUUAACAUCUUUAAAAGCACAUUUGAGAACGCAUACAGGAGAGAAACUUCACAAGUGUGAAAUUUGUUUUAAGCAGUUUUCUCAGAAUAGUGAUUUGAAAAGUCAUUUGAGAGUGCACACUGGUGAAAAACCAUACAAGUGUGAAAUUUGUUUUAAGGGGUUUUCACAAACAGGUACUUUGAAAUCUCAUUUGAGAACGCAUACGGGAGAAAAACCUCACAAGUGUGAAAUUUGUUUUAAGGAGUUUUCACAAAUAAGUCAUUUGAAAAGACAUUUGAGAAUGCAUACGGGAGAAAAAUCUCACAAGUGUGAUAUUUGUUGUAAGGAGUUUUCACAAAGAGGUCAUUUGAAAAUUCAUUUGAGAAUGCAUACGGGAGAAAAACCUCACAGGUGUGAAAAUUGUUUUCAGCGGUUUUCACAAAUAAGUCAUUUAAAAACUCAUUUGAGAACCCACACCGGAGAAAAACCUCACAAGUGUGAAAUUUGUUUAAAACGGUUUUCACGAAUAACUCAUUUUAAAACUCAUUUGAGAACGCAUACGGGAGAAAAACUUCACAGGUGUGAAAUUUGUUUUAAGGGGUUUUCACAUAAAAGUGCUUUGAAAUCUCAUUUGAGAAUGCAUACGGGAGAAAAACCUAACAAGUGUGAAAUUUGUUUUAAACGGUUUGCUGAAUUAACAUCUUUAAAUGUACAUAUCAGAACGCAUACGGGAGAAAAACCUCACAAGUGUAAAAUUUGUUUUAAGGGGUUUUCUCAGAAUGGUGUUUUGAAAAGUCAUUUGAGAAUACACACUGGGGAAAAACCAUACAAGUGUGAAAUUUGUUUUAAGGCGUUGUCACAAAUAAGUACUUUGAAAGCACAUUCGAGAACGCACUCGGAGAAAAAUCUCAAUUAGGACUCAAAUACUUACAGUUUGUAAUGUCUUUCUAUCUGUGAAAUGUUCAUAGGGCUUUUACAUUUAUGUUUUCAUCAUUUUUGAUUUUUGAUUAUAAUUUUUUAAGAAAACUCUGAAAAAUUUACUCAUGGACAAAAAUAUUGCAUAUGCAUGUGGCAUGAAAUUUUUUGUGCUGUUAUCCUUAACCCCCCUGUAUCGUAGGAAUAAGAUUUCUUUUCCAAAAGCGAUGUUUUAAAGUAUCAUAUAAAUGCUAUAAUCGGAUUUACAUCUGAUCUGGGUUUAUGCUGGCCAGUAUAAUUUUUAAUGUUGUUCUGAAGCUAUUUUCUUGUGUCAUUUUUAUGAUCAACUAUUUUCAAUGGAAAGUAAGCCACAAUUUUACCAAAAAAAUUAUUUUCUUAACGUUUCGACGCCCAAAAAAAUGGGCGCCGAAACGUUAAUAAAAUAAUUUUUUUGGUAAAAUUGUGGCUUAUUUCCCAUUGAAAAUAGUUGAGUAUAAUUUUUAAAUUUAAUUUCAUCAAGGUAAAGGCUGAUUCACCCUGUUCGAUUUUAGUUGAUCAACUUUAGUGGAUCAACUAAAAUCGGUCAAGUUUUUGUUCACACAUUUCAAAUAAAAUUGAAGCAAUUAGUUUUAAUAAAAUGGCGCCAUGUGUAGUUAUAGGUAAAAGUAUAAAUAUUAUUAGUACCUAGUCUACUGAUUCAGCAACUCACGAAAAUUAUGUUAAGAUGGAAUAAAGAACAUAAAAAGUGUCGUUUCUGGAUACGAAAUUGGAUUAAAAGAACAAAUGAAUGUGGUAUUUCAGAAACUCUGCUAAAAGAACUUGCUUUGAAAGAUAAAGAAGGAUAUAAAAAUCUGAACAUAACACUCGCUGACCACUCUAAACUCAUUUUGUUGAUUUGAAGGAUAAAUUUUUACGCAGACUGACUUCUUCUUCAAGUGCCGUCUCCUAAUCGGAGGUUGCAUAUCAUCAUCACUGUCUUAACUCUGUCCACCGCUGCUCUAAAGAGUUCUACAGAACUGCAUCUAAACCAGUCCCUUAAAUUCUUUAACGAUGACACUCUCCUUAGACGACGAGACUAACAGACUGACGAGAUAAUAAUAAUUCAAAUCGACCAACAAAGGUUCAUACGAUUCAAACGUGAUUAAACUUGUCUGAAAAAUGUCAAGUUGAACGAUAAAGUUUGACUUGAUCAAUCUUUUGUUGUCAAUCUAAAUCAAUGUCAAGUUGAACGAUAGUAUCUGUAUCGAAAGUAAACUUUGUAUCUGGGGCUUUUCGUUGUUUUCCUCGUAUUGCGAGAGAUGUCGCUAGAUUGCGUCUCAAAAGGUGGAACCGUUGCAUCGCGAUGGUUCGCCUUAAAUAGGCAGGGUUGUUAAUGUUUGUUUCAAAGUUGUGACUGCAUAGCUCCACCGAGGAGGCAUGAGAUGCAGAAAUAGCUAUCUGGAGAUGGUGGUCCAACUCUGAAUCAAAUUAAAACAAAACUGCCGUUAUCUCUUUUCCAUCUUUACUCAGAAUUGAGUAUUAUAAACUGUCUUUCGGUCCUUUUCCUUGACGAAGGGAAGGUAAAUGCGUGGCCAAAGUGUCCUCUAUUUUCGUCCUCUCUGUGUUUAUAUAUUGUAAAAACCUGAGAUACAGGAUGCAGCCAGAAAGCAGUUCAUUAGCGAAAAGUCUUAGAUUUAAAAUAUUGUUUAUUAUAUUUUUGAUUUCAAUUAUUCUAAUUGUUUAAAAAGUAGUAAACUUUGUAUCUGGGGCUUUUCCUUGUUUUCCCCGUAUUGCGAGAGAUGUCGCUAAAUUGCGUCUCAAAAGGUGGAAUCAUUGCAUCGCGAUGGUUCGCCUUAAAUAGGCAGGGUUGUUAAUGUUUGUUUCAGAGUUGUGACUGCAUAGCUCCACCGAGGACGCAUGAGAUGCAGAAAUAGCUAUCUGGAGAUAGUGGUCCAACUCUGAAUCAAAUUAAAAUAAAACUGCCGUUAUCUCUUGAAAGAUAAAGUUUGACUCGAUCAAUCUUUUGUUGAAUCGACAAAAGUUGACCGAUUAAAAUUGAAACAUAUGUUCUCACAGCUAUUAUCAUUCGAUUUUAGUUGAUCAACUAAAAUAGAACCGUAAGAAUUCGCCUUAAGUCUUCACUAUGCUAGCGACAUGAAGACGUGCAUUAACACCAAUAUGCCAUAUCCAAUAUAGCUUUCAAAUGGCAAAACUUGAUCUUAUUAAAUGGAUUUUAUUAAAUGUACAUAUCAGUUGGCAUUCGCCUAAUCACCUCCACGUGUUCGGUAUGUCCUUUCAAAGCAAUGGUAUCAGUAUGGUAGCACUAUGCCGCCACCACCAAUACUAACGCUCUGUAUGAGGUUACAACUGACAUACUGUUCGAGAAAUCUUCUGUAGACAAAGUUUUGUAAAUCUUGCUUCCAUAUGAUUAAUGCUAUGCCAGAUGUAACCUCAUACAGAAUGUUAAUUUUGGUGGUGGCCGCAUAGUGCUAUAAAGUGGUAUUUCUUGGAAAAGAGAUACCGAACUUGUGGAGUUGAUCGGGUGAAUGACAGCUGAUAUCUACAUUAAAAACAUUUCAGAAGAUCAUGUUUUGCCAUUUGUCAGCUACAUUGGAUAACAAAUUCGUGUUAAUGCACCAUGAGGCAGGUCUUCAUCUUGGUAGAAUAGUGAAUACUUACCUUGAUGAGAUUCAAUCUAAAAAUUAUACUGUCCAUCAUAUAGCCCUUAUCAAAUCUAAAUCCGAUUGUACUAUUUAUAUGAUACUUCAAAACAUCACAUUCGGAAAAGAAAUCCUAUUCUUAUGACACUGAGGCAGCACAAAAAAUUUUAUUUCACACGUUAAUUUCAAAAUAUCCAAUAUUUUUGUGCGUGAGUGUAUAUAAAAAAUUGUUUCGAAAUGCAUUCUCACGUUCACUGUAUAAAUGCAAUCGUUUUAUUAUUUUUUUAUUGUUGAUGUACAUCAUUAUCUUUUAUUAUGUAGUUCAACAAACUUUUAAAAAUUGUUAAAAUAAUUUUGCUAAAUUUGGCGAAUACCUAACAAGUCAUGAUAUUUUCUGUUUUAUAAUACAUAUGUACAUUAAAUAUUUUCAUAUUAAUAAAACACACAUUUUUA